UGGAAAUUGAUACUUUGUGAAUAAUGUGAAAGCAAAAUUAUGAACUCAAAUGGAAUAACUGGAGGUAAAAGUCUUGUUUUUGGAGCUCUGAUUUAUUCGACUAUACUUUGGGAGGAUUUUUUCUUCAGUUAAAAUGCUCUGACAACUUUUAGUAACUUUUUUGGACAUUGGUUACCAACCAGAGAAUGGCUCAUCAGCGUUUCCUGUCGAAUUGGUGUCGGCCAGAGCAGUGAAGCAUCAUGGGAAUUAAAGUCUUGUAGCUCAGUAGAAUGAGGCUGAACAGAUCGGGCUCUUCUGCAUCUCCUCAGUCCUUCUCCUGCCGCUUCAGCACUAUGCGCUUCUCCUACCACCUGGCCACACCCACAGGUCCAUCCUCCUCCAGUCCCAGUGCGCUUAAGCCAGGCCCGCUCGACCCCUCUUCCUGCUCCCCGUGUGGACUUCAGGGACCUCUGGAUGCCUCGGACACUGCGGCAUCCUGCUCUGGACCCCCCUCUCUGGAUGAAGGGGCGGGGUAUGUGGACCAAGGGAUAGGGCCCGUGGAGGGGGGUUUGUUAGUGAACGACACAGGGCCGCCGGAGCUGCCAGGGGAUGCUCUAACUCCCUCAACCAGGAAGCGACUGCCGCUGGGGCCUAAACCACAGAUUCCUCCAAAGCCGCCUCACCUCCAGCAGGUGUCGACUCCCAGGCUCCGUCCCCGAGCUCCAGAGAAGCCCCUCCCACCAGCACCCUGCAGGCCCCUCCCCUCUGACCCCCGCAGCCUCAGGCCCCUCCCUCGAGAUGCCACAGCCUCUCCCACCUCUGUACUGUCACUCAUUGAGAAGUUUGAACGUGAGCAGCUUAUUAUGGUACCGGACAUCACCGGUGGAGCCCUGUGUCCCCGCCUUCCCAUCAGUGACAUCACAUGUCACCCAUGUUCCUCUUCCUCCUCCACCUGCUCCUCUCCCUCUCCUCCAUCAUCUCCAGUGCCACUUUUAGAACUGAACAACAAACUGCCUGAAAUUGAAACAGUAGAAGAUAGUCAACCAAUCAAACGUGAGCAAAGUGCCAAAAAUGAUGAUGAUGAUGAGGACUUGGGGGCAUGUGCAGAUGUCAACAAACGCUUGUCUUUAGAAUCUGGGUACAGUGCCUCAGAAAAACACCUUGAGGACAUUGUGGAGCUGAGGGACCCUCCUCAGCAGGUUAUCGGCCAAUCAGAGCUGCUGAAUGAGCGCUUGUCCCUGCCAUCCUCACAGACGGAUGGCAAAUUGGCCAAUCGGGAUAGCGGCAUUGACAGCAUCAGCUCCCCAUCUCACAGCGAGGAACUCUGUUUUGCUGGCGUGGACGAAGGAGGGGUGGCUUAUUCAUGCAGCCCCGCCCACAUCAGAGAAGAAGGGGGUGUGGUCAGGAGAAGGCGUGAUUUAUCCGAGGAGGGAGAUAGUGAUCUGGAGGAAGAAGCGGAGCUUACACUGGUGCUGCCAGCGACAAAGGCUGACAGACAGGAUUCAGUCGAGUUGUCAGUUCAUCAGAGAGUAUUCAAUAUCGCCAAUGAACUGCUGCACACCGAGAUCGCCUAUGUCUCCAAACUCUACCUCCUAGACCAGGUGUUUUGUGCCCGUCUUAUGGAGGAGUCCAGGGCCCGCUCCUCGUUCCCCUGUGACGUGGUCCAGGGGAUCUUCUCCAACAUCUGCUCCAUCUACUGCUUCCACCAACAGUUCCUUCUGCCUGCACUACAGAAACGCAUGGAGGAGUGGGACCUAAAUCCUCGGAUUGGAGACAUCCUGCAGAAACUGGCCCCAUUCUUAAAGAUGUACGGAGAAUAUGUGAAGAACUUUGACCGAGCCAUGGAGCUAGUCAACAUCUGGAUGGAACGGUCGGCCGCGUUCAAGGCCAUUAUACAAGAUAUACAGAGGGAGGAGCGCUGUGGAAACCUGACACUACAGCACCACAUGUUGGAGCCUGUUCAGAGGAUCCCUCGAUAUGAACUUCUGCUCAAAGAUUAUCUGCACAGACUGCCCCAAGAUGCCCCCGACUACAGCGAUGCUCAGAAAUCUCUGGAGCUGAUUGCCACUGCAGCAGAACACUCCAACGCUGCCAUCAAGAAAAUGGAGCGUAUGAGGAAGUUACUAAAAGUGUAUGAGUUACUGGGAGGAGAAGAGGACAUUGUCAAUCCAACAAAUGAACUGAUCAAAGAGGGACACAUGCUGAAACUGUCUAACAAGAAUGGGACCACACAAGACCGUUACCUCAUACUGUUUAAUGACAGGCUGCUGUACUGUGUCCCAAAACUGCGGCUAAUUGGUCAGAAAUAUGGAGUCCGAGCUAGGAUCGACGUGGACGGGAUGGAGUUGAAGGAAGCCAGUAGUAUUGCUGUUCCUCGGACGUUUCUCAUAUCAGGGAAGCAGAGGUCUUUGGAACUACAGGCCAGGACAGAGGAGGAGAAAAGGGACUGGAUACAGGCGAUCCAAGCGACAAUCCAGAGACAUGAGCAGACCAUGGAGAACUACCGACUCACCUGCCCACUGAGAGAUGAGGAUUCUACCCCUCCACAUUCACCGAGCUGUGUGGAGCUGGGUAAGCGAGCCCCCACUCCCAUUCGGGAGAAGGAGGUGACUCUGUGCAUGAAGUGUCAGGAACCAUUCAACUCUAUCACCAAGAGACGCCACCACUGUAAAGCAUGUGGACAUGUGGUGUGUGGGAAAUGCUCUGAGUUCAGAGCUCGUCUCUCCUAUGACAACAACAGAACCAACCGAGUAUGUGUGGACUGCUACUGCACUCUGGUGGGGGUUUGUCCAUCUGCUGCAGUGAGCACUAGCACCAGCAGGAGGCGCUCUAUAUUGGAGAAACAGGCAUCUUUGGCUGCAGAGAACAGUGUGAUGUGCAGCUUCCUCCACCUGAUGGAGAAGGGCUCUGGGCGCGGCUGGCAGAAGGCCUGGUUUGUCAUCCCUGAGAACGAGCCACUGGUGCUUUAUGUCUACGGAGCGCCACAGGACGUAAAAGCCCAGCGCAGCUUGCCUCUGAUCGGCUUCGAGGUGUCUCUCCCUGAGGCGUGUGACCGUUUGGACCGACGUUUCGCCUUCAAGAUCUCCCAAAGCCAUCUCACCCUGUACUUCAGUGCCGAUGGGGAGGAGCUACAGCGCCGCUGGAUGGAUGUCCUAUCGCGCGCCGGCCGGGGGGAGGAGCUACAAGUGCACCAGCCAAUUGCAGAGAGCCUGGAGGAAGAGGGGGAGGAGCCAGCCCCUCCAGAUGGAGACAAUACGUGACUGAUUGGACAAGAAGUUACGAUGAAAACUUAACAGAAAAGGCAAUCUUGGCUGUGUGUAUAACCAUUGGGGGUUCACUUGCAUGAUUUACACAAUAUAACAGCCCAAUGUUACUAAAGUGCGCAGGGCUUAAAAUAUCCUCCCAUUUUCAACCAUUUACAAAAACAUCCAAUCACGAGUCUGAUGAAAAAAGGGACUCUAAAUACUCUGUUUCCCAUGAGCCUUUGUGUCAGUCAUUACAGACACGAUCUUUGCCCUAAAGUAGUGACAGAUUUUGUAUUAUAGUCAAAAUGUUUCCAAACUUCACUGUGCCAUAAUCGUCCCGGCAACUGAUGCUUGGAGCGGUCUGAUUGGCUGUAAGGUUUUACACAGAGUAAAAUGUUUAUUUAUUAUGACAAAAUAGUUACAGUAUAGGGUGCUUCAAAAUAAAAGCACAAAUUUAAAAAGCCAAAUAGAUUUAUUAUUAGAAUAUUCACGUGGAUGAGAUUUUAACCCAAACCAGAACUGCUGCUGUUUCCGAAAAGGAAUGAAGAUAUGUGAGAUUUUUCAUCAUUUGAAAGCAUUUGAAGAAGAAAAAGAUUUUGAAAAGAAGAAAAAGACUUGUGCACUUGAGAAAACCAAACCAGUUUCACAUGUGUUUGUGGUCCUCUUCCUGCUGUCACAUCACAUGUCAGAGAAAAACUACAUUUCCCAGUUCCCUUGUUAUUCUGCUGCUGCUGUGAACUUUAAAUCAAUCUGAAACCUGUUCCCAAUAGUCUGUCAGUUACAUUGAUCUGUGUCUAAAUUACUUUGACCAAAGGGAAAUGUUAUACAAUUUUAUGGAAAGAAAACCUUUUUCUUCAAUUGCCCUUUCUUACUCAAAGCACCUUUCACAACAGUUUACAAACCACAUGCUCAUCAACUGUCCAGAAAGUGCUUCCUUAUACACAAACAAUGUCACUGAUGAAGAAGAAAUGAAAAGUUUACAUCAUAUUUAUACAAGACAAAACAAAGCACUAUACAGCUGCAUCAGUUUUUCACUCUCCCCGCGGUCACAUAUUCUGCCCUGGGCCAGACUGAUGGAGACACUGCAGUCAGCAGCUUCUCUGGCCUCACACAGACCCACUAUUUUCAGAACUUAAACUAAUCCUAUUCGGCUAAUUUGGAUUUACUCAAUUUAACUGACAAACUGUUAAAUCAAAAAAUGCCAGGUUUCAGCUGAGUGUUCUUCUCCAAAAUGGCAGAAGAGUUUCUGAAAGAGGAUACAAAAUAGACUUUGAAUGAACAUUUGGACAAAUCAAAGACUUUUUUACCAUGUCCCUCCACUAUCUUCUCUGUCCUCCUUUUGGAAGUGUUUUUCAAGUGAAAUCUUGGUAUUAUUCUUAUUGUGGAAGAUGUUUUUGAUUCUGGGUCGUUGUUGGUGUUUUCUGCUUGAUGCAAGAAGAAGAAACUUAGACUUUUGUAAAUAUAAUAAUUUAUUCCGCUGUGGCCGCUUGCUCGGUCAUGUGACUGUGUAAAGAAAAGGCUGUUCCUACACUUCCCACGCUUCCCGGGUCUGCACACGCUCAGUCCACGCACAGGUGGCCAUUUUGGCUCCAACUGGGUCAGAGGAGGAACCGGAUUACAUUAAUGGAAAAUGUCAAUUAUGUUAAAACAGUGUGGAACAAAGGUUCACCAUAAAUACCAUGAUUUAUGGUGAAGCUUUGAGAAGAACCAUGAUUACCAUAAUGGAUCCAUGACAGACUAAUAAAACAGGACUAAUGAGGUGAAUGUGAUGUAGUGUGCGAUUCUUUUAGUUCCAUAACGGCAGAAAAGUUCUGCACGAGUGCAAACCAAGGAAGUAUAAAUAAGUUCACAUUGUAGUUCCAUGGUGCAAACUCUUCACCUCAACAACACUGCAAAAAGUCUAUUAGACUCGGGUACACCUUUUGCAGUGUAAAAAGUGCAAUCGCUUCCCUCCUGUGUAUGUGACUGCUCGUUGAUGUGUGACUCUGGUGUUGGCGUGUUCUUAGCGUGUUUAUGCCGUGUUUUCUUCAUGUUAAAGCCAGUCUUGUCUUGAUGGAAGGAAAUGGCCAGUAACUCACCUUUCCAGCGCCAUCUGCUGUUCCAUCACAUCAGCACAUGCUUUUACUCAGACAGGCUCAUUCGCUGAUGCAAUUUUAAGUAGUCCAUCCAAUUUUCUCCAGCUGUUUUCCUUUCCUAAAAGUACAGCUGGUUGAAUAAUUCAGUAUUUUCAAGUUUGGUUACAACUUAUUUGUACCAUGUGAUUUUAACAAGAUCUAUUAACUUCAGAUGUGUACUUUUUUUGUGCCAAACACAUUUCAAAAGAUUAUUUUGUUUUUCAGUGACGAGUGGUGAUAAAUAUCUCAAUUUUAAAUGUAUAAAUUAUCCUAAAUAAGUUGUUUCUGAUUACAGAAGUAAAUACGUGGUAAAUAUAGGAUUGUAAAAAAUGUAUAUUCCAAAACUUAUUUUAUCUCUUAAAUUGUAGUUUUAUCCAGCUAUUGCAAGAUUGGUCAUGCCCUUGAGUUAAAGUUUUACAUGAAAAGAAUACCUCAAAUUAUGUGUAUAAACAACUUAUUUGAUAUGAACAACAAAUUGUUAUUAUACCUGCAAAACUCCUUUAACAAAGUGCUAUAUGCUAAUUGACCAGUAUUAGUGAACUGAGAUUGGCACUUUACACACAUUUCUCUGGAAAGGUAACACUUACAUUUGGUGCUAUGUCAGUCAUCUUGUCCUUCCUUUACUUAAUUUAUUCACUUAAACAUUCAACAUUUUUCUGUGGUAUUAACUUUAUAUUUGGGAACAGUUUAGACACACAAAGAGCUACACAUUUUGGUGCUACACGACAAGAUAGACAAUAGCACAAUUUUGUCACAACUUUCUUUUGUAAUCGACCCAAAAGAUGUUACAUUUUUACAAUCAAAACUCAACAUAAAAUUACCGUCUAUUCAUAUUUUUUUUGCCUUAUACCUAAGUCUUGUGCCAAAAACAUUGACAUUUCUUCAAUUCUUCCUUUAUUUGUGUGUUCUUGGAGGCAGUCAAAGUUUGCUUUUAAUUUUCAGUUAGUGGUGGUCUGGAAUUUCUUAAUGCAUUUUAUACGCAAAUUGUGGAAAUAAUUAUAAGUGUAAUCUGUACUUGAGAAGAGCUCUUAUUUUGAAAAUCUUCUGCGGUUGCUGGGCCCAAGGUUGUUCCCAUGCACAGUUCUCGCCACAUGUCCCUGACCCUCACUCUUUUUCAUUCAUUUGAUUUGAAACCCCAUCACUAUAGCAACCGCCACCAUCUCCUGUCUCCAUGGUAACCUCCUCACAUCAAAAGCUUCCGUAACCAUGGCGACCGUCUCAGCACCACUUCCUGUUUCUUUCUGUCUCCAGUGAACAGCCUCAGCACUUCCUCUUCAUGGACUGUACAUAGGACAUUGUUAUUAUUAUUAUUAUUAAGGAGUAUUAUGAAUGAUUAUUGAUGGAUUAUUGGUUGUUACCGCAGGUUUCGGUUAGUGGCCGGCCACUGCCUUCCUCCUGUUACUGUCUAUUACCCACAAUGCACCUCUGUAUGAAAAAUUGAGUGACAAAUGUUUAUGAGGUACAAGUCAAUAAAGCAUCAAAACAAUUCAAA